UUGCCUUUAGGAAUGGCUGCAAAGCCCACACCUGGAAAUCCCCCCUCCCUGUCCCUGCAGGGCAGGUUGCAUCUGGGAGACUCUCCGGCCAUUAGAGGAAUGAGCCAGGAGUGAGCCGUCCACCAGCUCGUCAGCACUUGCUAGAGAGCAGCAGCAUGGACGUAGUCGACAGCCUUCUGGGGAAUGGGAGCAACAUUACUCCCCCCUGUGAACUCGGCCUGGAAAAUGAGACUCUGUUCUGCCUGGAUCGACCUCAGCCUUCAAAGGAGUGGCAGCCUGCGGUGCAGAUCUUCCUCUACUCGUUCAUAUUCCUCCUCAGUGCGCUGGGGAACACUCUGGUCAUCACCGUGCUGAUUCGAAACAAGAGGAUGCGGACUGUCACCAACAUCUUCCUGCUGUCCCUGGCUGCCAGUGACCUCAUGCUCUGUCUCUUCUGCAUGCCGUUCAACCUCAUCCCCAACCUGCUCAAGGAUUUCAUCUUUGGGAGUGCUGUGUGCAAGACCACCACCUACUUCAUGGGCACCUCCGUGACUGUCUCCACCUUCAACCUGGUAGCCAUCUCUCUGGAGAGAUACGGCGCCAUCUGCAGACCCUUACAGUCCCGGGUCUGGCAAACGAAGUCCCACGCGCUGAAGGUCAUCGCUGCCACCUGGUGCUUCUCCUUCCUCAUCAUGACUCCUUACCCCGUUUACAGCAACCUGGUGCCUUUUACUAAACGCAACAACCAGACCGCAAAUAUGUGCCGCUUCCUGUUGCCAAGCGACGCUCUGCAGCAGUCCUGGCAAACAUUCCUGCUGCUCAUCCUCUUUGUCAUCCCUGGGAUUGUGAUGGUGGUGGCCUACGGGCUGAUCUCUCUGGAACUCUACCAAGGAAUAAAAUUUGAUGCAAGCCAGAGGAAAUCUGCUAAAGAGAGGAAGCUGAGCGGCGGCGGCAGCCGAUAUGAGGACAGUGAUGGAUGUUACUUGCAGACGUCCAGGCACCCGAGGAAGCUGGAGCUUCGGCAGCUGUCCACCAGCAGCGGCGGCGGCAGGCUCAACCGCAUCAGGAGCAGCGGCUCCGCGGCCAACCUGAUAGCCAAGAAGCGCGUGAUCCGCAUGCUCAUCGUCAUCGUGGUCCUCUUCUUCCUGUGCUGGAUGCCCAUCUUCAGUGCCAACGCCUGGCGGGCAUACGACACUGUUUCCGCAGAGAGACACCUGUCGGGGACCCCUAUCUCCUUCAUCCUCCUCCUCUCCUACACCUCCUCCUGCGUUAACCCCAUCAUCUACUGCUUCAUGAACAAACGGUUUCGCUUGGGCUUCAUGGCCACCUUCCCUUGUUGCCCCAGUCCCGGUGUCCCAGGGGUGAGAGGAGGAGAAGGAGAGGAAGAAGACGGAAGGACGGUCGGGGCGUCCCUGUCCAGGUAUUCCUACAGCCACAUGAGCACCUCUGCUCCACCCCCGUGA